CUUCAAGUUAAGAAAUAAAGCCCUACCAAAAAAUGAUUAGAGCUUCAACUUCCGGUAUUGCUUUCAGCUAUCUACUCAUUUUUCAGUCAGGAAAUGUGACCGGAAAGUGUUCAGUUUUAUUUCAACAAUUUUGUUCUAACCCUGUUCCGGUGCAGAUGUAUAGUAGAUCCUACAUUGUUUCUGAUCUAGAUUUCCUCUCUGCACCUCCACCUCCAUCAAUCCUGUCAUUCAGUGACUCAUGGACACCGUUAAUACGAGAGGAGCUUAGUCGAUAUCCUAGGCAGAUUAUUGUCCAAGCCCCAGGAGGCGCACAUGCGAAAGGUUCAAGAGACAAACAUGUUAAAUCUCGUAGAAACAGGCAAAGAACAGCAAGGAAACAAACUAUACCAGAAAGUCACCGUGUUUCUCCAAUCACGAGGAAGCCUGUUUAUCUGUUAACCAACAAUCCUAAGAUUCCUGCAAGUCAGUAUUCAGAAUAUAGGAAACUGCCUUUGCUGGCGAGUCAUCAGGUGAGACCUACAACUCGGAAACCUGUCUACAUUGGUUCCAGGCAAAGAGAUCAACGACAGAUUCAUCUUCCUCUAGAUAUUCUAACCAAUAGUAUUCCUAGUAAUCCUACAG